UCGGCUAUUCGUUCGGUUCUGUGCUCUCAUUCGAGAUGAGUCUUCAACUGCAGCCCAAGUCUAACGUGAAUCUCAUUCUCCUGGACGGCUCGCCCACUCAGCUGAUGGUCAGCACCGAGCAGUUCCGCGAGAAAUAUCAGGCGAACGACGAGAAGGUACAGCACGUCGAGGCGUUGGUGACGUUCCUCAUGCAGUUCGUGCCCAUCAACUACCAGAAGAUCAAAGCCGAGCUCCUGGCGAUCGGCGAGCAGGACCUCCGGGUUCAGAGGGCGGCCGAGAUAUUCGUUGAGUCGGGCGGACCCAAGAGCGACCCCAAAGACAUCGCUAUGGCCGCCGAGGCCUUCUUCAGGAAAGUAAAAAUGAUGCACAGCUACCGGUUCCACAAGAAGUUUGAUGGCAACGCUCUGCUCAUCCGGGCCGAGGAGUUUAUCGUCAAGAACAACGACGUCCAACUGCCCCAUGACUACGGCGUCUCAGAUUCGAUUACCGGCAAAUGCGAGACUCACGUGAUGUCCGGAAACCACAAAACCUUUUUGCUGAACAACUUGGAGAAAGUGUCGGAACUAAUCAAUUCUCACAUUUAAGGACAACGUCU